AUGCGGAGCAAGUCAGUUCGAAAUUGGGAUCGAUGGUACACAGAAUAUUUGACAACUCUUCGCGAAAUGCAGGCUAUAAAUAGAAAACAACCACGACAUGUGAAACAGAGAGGGCCACAAAUUGAAGAGAUUGUCUUAGUCGUACAAGAAAAUCUACCAAGAGGCUCUUGGUGUUAUGACAAAAUUGUUGUUGAAAUUGUUGAGAUGAACGAAUACAGCAAACCCCGUUUGGCAAAGAUCAAAGCGAAGAAAGCGAUCCAGAAAAUAUCAAGGGUCACCGACGACUCUGGUGGAUUUCUACUUUCCACGUUAUGUCCGCACAUCAACGUGAUAAUGAUUAUCAUGAUUACUGCUCUGUUUCUGGGACCACCAGCAAACGCCUUGUCAAGCAUCUCAUGCGAAGGUAGCGCUCUUCACGUUUUACCCCCAAAUGUCACCUUCCAGCUCUGCAUACAGUCUACAUGUAAAUAUUUCGCUAAUAACUUGACAAAUUUCACAUUCCUGCUGCCCGCAACGGCAACCAACGGAGUAGUAGCAGUAUCAAUGAGCUAUUUUUCUGGCAACAAAUACACUAAGCUGCAAAAGAACUGCAGUCUCCCUCAUGUAUGUGAUAUAUCACGAAUCUUCAUGUCCAAACAUCUGUUGGGCAAUCCUCAUUGUUGGCCAACAGAGGCAAUUGCAUCCAUAGGAUUGCUUCUUUACCUGAUGAUUGCUGCAAUAACUUUGUCCGUAAAAUUUAUGCUGGCGCUCAACAGUUCUCACUCUGGCGCAACGGUUACAUCAUCGGAGUUAGACAAAGUCAACAAAAGCUCGCAUUCCACAGUUGCCACUCGUAAGAACGAUGAAAUGGUAAACAUCCAGCUUCAGUCGUUCCGACCACUCCCACAUUCUCGCCCUAGCGUCAUCACUGCGAUCGCGGUGAUUGUUUGCGCCUGCAUGAACAAGUAA